UCCCAGUCAAUCACGCAGCAUUGCUGUGUAUACACACAACAAGAAUAAAUCUCGUUUAUAAUUGAACUAACAUUCUAAAGUAAACUCCUGUUGACAUGGCAACAUUCAAGAAAUUGCAAGUAACCAAUGUGACUGCUGACUUCAGAAAAGCUACAUCAAUAUUCGAACUACCUAUACCGAAACCGGGAAGCGAUCAAAUUCUAGUUAAAAACCAUUUUUCUGGUGUAAAUGCCGCCGAUCUUAACGUUACAGCAGCUAGAUACUUCACUGUUGGAAAAGUACCGUUCGACAUUGGAUUUGAAAGCCUUGGUGUAGUGGAAGCGGUUGGAGAAGAUGUCACUGGGUUCAAAGUGGGCCAAGCCGUUAUGUCAUGUUCAGGUGCCGGCUAUUCGGAAUAUCAGUUGGCAGAAGCAAAAGAAUUGAUUCCGAUACCUGCUGCUGAUCCAAAAUACAUUUCAGUUAUGGUUUGUGGCCUAAGCGCUGCGAUUGGAUUAGACUAUGCCGGAAAUAUUAAAGCCGGUGACAAAGUUCUGAUUACAGCAGCUGCUGGUGGCACUGGUCAUAUAGCUGUUCAAUGGGCAAAAUCCAAAGGGGCUUACGUAAUUGGUACAACGUCAUCUGCCGACAAGGUCACUUUUCUAAAAGGCAUUGGAGCAGACCAUGUCAUCAAUUACAAAGAGGAAGAUUUAAAUGCGAUAUUGAAGCGUGAUUAUCCAGAUGGUGUGAACGUUAUCUGGGAGACAAUAGGUGGCAAAGUGACUGAAACUCUUAUACCGCAUUUAGCCUCAUUUGGCCGUAUGAUACUCAUUGGUGGAAUCGCAGGCUACAGGACUGAAGGAUUCCCGAAAAUCGAAAUCCAGCCAAGCGUAUUGCUCAUGAACGACAUCACGUUGACUGGAUUUUUUUUACUAAAUCACGUCGAUAAGUUUCCAGUUUAUUUAAAUGAAUUGAUCAGGGAUGUGGAUAGUGGAAAAUUGAACAUAACAAACGAUUUUGGGGAAAAUACUUCUGAUGGCAUUUUCAGUGGACUCAAUGGCGCUGUUCGAGGAGUUGAACAUUUACAUUCGGGUAAAAGUAUCGGCAAAGUGACCAUUAAACUAUGUUAAUCUUUCGUCAACUCAUUGAUGUAUAUGACCGCUGCUGAAUAAAAAUAUAUUGCCAAUC